AUGAACGUUAUGGAAAGUCCCCGUAGUGAAACUUAUGGGCAAAUCCCGCAAGCUCGUACCAGCAGUACGACAGUAUUAUCUGCGGCCAGCCCAUAUACUCAGCCGCCCGAGACAGCCUCUGACGAAGCAAAUGAUGUCGACGCUAUGGGAUCAACGCUGAACUGUAGCCCUGUGGCUAGGAAAUCUCCCGCUGGGUAUUAUGGCACCUCCUCGUCCAUUUCUUUCUUGAACGAUGUCUACAUUGCCAUCGGACGUGGCGUGCCGUCUAGCGCUAGCGAUACUACUGCGGCCAUCCCAGUUCCUCUGAAGGACUCUUCUACCGAGCUGUUGGGCAGUGACUCACCAGAUCGCUUCAUUUUACCCCCACGCCACACGAUGGACGGGAUCUUGGACGUCUACUGGCAAAGGAUACAUCACCUGUACCCUUUUAUCCAUCGACCUACCUUUCAGGCCGCUUAUGAGAAGCUUUGGCUGCCCGCUGGUGCAGCUGGCCAUUCAAGUGCCCUAGAAAAUGGCAUGCUCGGGUCAAAGAGAUACGGCCCUGACAGUGUCGUCUUCCAUUGCGCUUUGAACGCCAUCGCUGCUUUGUCGUGUCACUUCAUGGAGCCACGAGGCAAAAACCGUACCAGGCUUGCUGAUGCUUUUGGCGAGAGAUCUAGAAGUCUAUGCCAUCUCGACCUCUUUGAUGAAGGAUCCUUGGCCUUCGUUCAAACCUUGCUGCUCAUUGCUCAGUAUCUCCAGUCUACGCCAUUUCCCAGUCGCUGCUGGAAUUGCAUUGGCAUCGCAUGUCGCCUGGCGCAGGGCAUGGGCUUGCAUGUAGAGAGUCCCGAUCUUCUGUCACAACUCACCGCAGAGGAAAUUGACAUGCGUCGACGUGUGUGGCAUGGCUGCGUGACGCUCGAUGCAGUGGUAAGUAUGACGCUGGGUCGGCCGCUAAUGCUUCAUAAGGCAGACCGCGUUCCACUCCCUCAGCUGUUGCAGCGCGAGACCGCUCUCGGACAUGUUCGGCCCGUUGUGGUGGAAUCCUCGCACACCGACUUCUUCCUGGAAUCAUGCAAACUCUACGCCGUCCUACGCGACAUAGUCUCGGAACUAUAUCAGAAAUCUGAAGACAAAGCUGGAGGCUAUGACGCCAUCAUUGCCUUUGAUGCUGCAAUUUCCACACUCGAAGACAAGUUACCGUCUGAACUCAGACCCCAUGAGGCACGUCUAAUGCCAGAAGACACAACAGGAGCCGAUAUUUGCCUUCAACAAGCGUACGUUCUCCAGGCGAGACGGCUGCACCUGCGCAUCUUACUGUACCGUCCGACAUUUACGAGACACUGUCAGAGCCUUUGUGCACAGUCAGGCACGCAAGCAGCUUCGCCAGAAGUCAGAAGCAUUACUGAGGCAUCAUCAGGCUUAUCUCAGGCACUGUCAGAGGCUUGUGUUGAGCGUGCCACUCAGCUCAUUGAAACGGUACAUGAGAGUAUGAGCAAAUCGGCUACCGGAGCCUGGUGGUACAAUCUCUUCUAUACUCGCACGGCUGGCGUAGUCAUCCUAUUUGCCAUGGCGUGUCCCUCUCUAUUUAGUUCUGCAUCCAAUGCCGACCGACUGUUAAAGGCCUGGGAACUGUGCCAAACAGUGCUCGCGGACCUCGAGAAACUCAGCUCCAGAGUGUCACCUUGUAUGCGUCAAUUAGAAGCCCUGCAGAAUCAGAUCCAGAAGUCUUGGAGCAAACAGGAGCAGCUUCGACCUCCACCACGCAAUCAGAUGCGACACGAUGGCAUUUAUGCAUUGCAAACCACUCCCGCCAUUGCGACUACGGCAUUAUUUGACAGUACCACAGAUCAUGCAAACUUUGAUGCUGGCGGACUUGGAGUGGCGUUCCCUGAUGAGAACUGCUUCGAAUUCGAUCUGACUACAGAUUUCGACUGGGAAGCAUUCCUGUCAAACACAGGCAUCUGA